AUGGACGCUAUGGACGAAGAAGUGAAGCUGCUGAAGGCCAAAUCAGACGGGUGCGUACGGCUCAUCGAAAAGCACAAAGCGCUUCACAACACGACUCUCGGCGAGUAUCAAGAGCUCGACAAGUACAUCUCGAGCCUUACGACUUCGCUCGAAGAGCUUCAGAGCUAUUGCGCCAACCUUGAGAGCUCUCGUCAGACCUGUAACCACUGCAACUCUUCCUUCACUGGUGAAAAGGAGCCCCAUGAAGAAAACCUGCACGCCAACGGUGCGGAUGCGAUGGACACAGAGAAUCCCGUGGUGCCCCGGAUCUGA